CAAUACUGCAUGAGGGUUCUUAAGAACCAGGAGACAGUCUAGCAGGCAUGACCACAUGAGCAAUGAAGUCAACUGCUGCCUCCAACACUCACCAGCAUUCAGCAACAAGCAUCGGAGACAGCUCUUCAGCUCCUAUUUCAUAGCUUGCCUCAACCAUGUCAUGAUCUGGAUGUAACAUAAACUACUCACUCGUGCACACCAAAUUGCCUCUUGCCUAAACAAACAGGCAAACAUAAAGCAUCAGCCUGUCAUGCAGAUCGGUGGUUUUGUUGCAGCUGCACAGCACCUCCCAUACAUGAGAUUCCUGUUGUCGAUACCAUCAAUGAUGCCAUCUCUUCAUGUUGUUUGGUUAUAUAAAGAGGCGAACUAUAGCCUAGUUGUCACCAUGGAAGCAAUUCUAGAGAACAAGAGAGCACCACAAUUUCCACUACUACCAUGGCUUACCACCUCAGAUCUGCUAGCGUACCUUCCAGCCCUUGCUCCAACGAAAUCGACGUUGAUGAGCAGCUCCAGAGCAUGAAGGCAACAAUUUCCUCAUCAUCUAGCACCAAUGGAACCAUGUGCGAUGGUUUUAGAAAGCUUGGAGACAUCUACAACUACAUAGGAGAGCUUGCAUGCUCACCCAGCAGCCAAGUUACACGGCAGAGGAAAGCAGUGGAGCAGGAGCUGGAACGCUCGCUUGUGUUGCUCGAUCCCUGCAACACCAUGCAAGAGAGCUUUGGAGAGCUCAAGGAAAACAUCCUGGACAUGCAGCUGGUUCUCAAGAGAGGAGAUGAUGCAGCUGUCCAAGUCAUGAUCCAGUCCCACAUCCGAUUGGCAAAGAAGGCACAGAAACAGUUCAAGAGGAUCAGCAAGAAAUUUGAUAUAUUUGAUCAGGAAAGCUACAAGGUGGUCAAGCUGUUGUCUAAAGCCAGGGAGAUUGCUGUCUCCAUGCUAGAGUCCUCGCUGCAUCUGUUGACGAGGCAAAUUGCAACGCCAAGUUCUAGCAAGUGGUCUCUGGUCUCCAAGACAUUCCAGAAGAGAAGAGUUGUUUGUGGAGAGGAGCAAUUGCCGGAGUUGGAGUUGGACAUUGUUGAUCUUGAGAGCGGAGUUGAGGCUUUGUUCAGGACAUUGAUCCAGAGCAGAGUUUCUCUUCUGAAUGCUCUUUGCUUGUAGAUAGAUCAUACAACAAGUCU